UCAUUUUCCUAUUUAAACACCAAACUCUCCUUCUUCUACCAAGCAUUCCAUCACUAAAUAUCCUUAUAUAAGUUCAUCUCCUGUCCUUCUAAUAAGCAAAAAUGGCAGAAGAGCAUCACCACCACCACCAUCUCUUCCACCACUCCAAGGAGGGAGAACAGACUACUACUGAAAUUGACUAUAAGAGAGAGGAGAAGCACCACAAGCACAAAGAGCAUUCCGGCGAGCUCGGUGCCAUAGCCGCUGGUGCUUUUGCACUGCAUGAGAAGCACAAAGCGGAGAAGGAUCCUGAGCACGCCCAUAAGCACAAGAUAGAAGAGGAAAUUGCAGCAGCUGCUGCAGUUGGUGCGGGUGGCUUUGCCUUCCAUGAGCAUCACGAGAAGAAAGAAGCCAAGGAAGAGGAGAAGAAGCACCAUCACCACCACUUUUAAAGCUUUGAACUAUAUCAUUACAUCCAUUACUAU